GGGUCUGGGCUGCCCGCCGCCGCGCUUUGGGGCUCCCCCGCGCCCCCUGCACAGACUGCCGGCCUGCCGGUCCGCGACGUGGCUCUGAGAAGGGAGAGGGGAGCCGCGGAGGGCGCCUUCCAGCCGAGCCUCCGCUGAGAGCGGCGCAUGCUGCGCUUCGCUUUGGCGCUCGCUCCAGCCGCAGCAGCGCCGCCGCCGCCGUCGUCGCCCCCUCCGGCGCCCCCCGGCUCCCUCCUCGGUCCCCGCUUCGUCCCAAUCAUUUCAGGCUCCUUCUACUGGCUGCCUGGACUCGGCUCCCGACUCCUUCAUGAAUUGCGGACGACAUGCCCGUUUCUUAGCCGGGGAACCUUCUUCUCGUCCCGCAUGUUCAGGACCAAACGCUCGGUGCUCGUCCGAAGACUCUGGCGGAGCCGUGCGCCCGGCGGGGAGGGAGGCGCCGGCGAUCUCGCGGAAGGCGCUGCGGACGGGCGGCCUCAUGGGGCCGGCGGAGGCGGAGGCGGAGGAGGAAGCCGGAUUUGCUGCAUGGGCAAGUCGGGGAAGCUGGCCAAGGCGCACGCCGGGUCGGAGGCCGAACUGAAGGCGCUGACCCACUCGGUGCUGAAGCGGCUGAAGGAGAAGCACCUGGAAGUGCUGCUGCAGGCCGUGGAGUCCCGCGGAGGCACCCGGACCUCCUGCCUCCUGCUGCCCACCAAGGUGGACUCCAAGCUGGGCCAGCACUGGUACUCUCUCCCGCUGCUGCUGUGCAAGAUCUUCCGAUGGCCCGAUCUCCGGCCUUGUUCGGAAGUCAAGCGGCUUUGUGGCUGUGAAUCUUACGGGAAAACUCACCUGGACUUAGCCUGCUGCAACCCUUAUCACCUGAGCAGACUCUGCGAGCUAGAGUCUCCCCCUCCUCCGUACUCCAGAUACCCAAUGGAUUUUCUCAAACCAACGGCGAGUUGUCCAGACUCUGUGCCUUCUUCCACGGAAACGAGGGGAACUAAUUUUCUGGCCCCUGAGGGGCUCGCAGAUUCUCAAGUUCUACAGGAACCGGGGGAUCUAUCACACUGGUGCGUGGUGGCAUAUUGGGAAGAAAAGACUCGCGUGGGUCGGUUGUAUUCUGUCCAAGAGCCCUCCCUGGAUAUCUUCUAUGAUCUACCUCAGGGGAAUGGUUUCUGUCUCGGACAGCUCAAUUCGGACAAUAAAAACCAGUUGGUGCAGAAGGUCCGUACCAAGAUUGGUUAUGGCAUCCAGCUGAGCAAGGAAGUAGACGGAGUAUGGGUUUAUAAUCGCAGCAGUUACCCGAUUUUUAUCAAGUCGGCCACACUGGACAACCCCGACUCCAGGACGUUGUUGGUCCACAAAGUGUUUCCAGGCUUUUCCAUCAAAGCGUUCGAUUAUGAGAAAGCUUACAGCUUGCAGAGGCCCAACGACCACGAAUUCAUGCAGCAGCCUUGGACUGGCUUCACAGUUCAGAUCAGCUUUGUGAAAGGCUGGGGCCAGUGCUACACAAGGCAGUUCAUCAGCAGCUGUCCGUGCUGGUUGGAGGUUAUUUUUAAUAACCGAUGACUCGAGACUCAACAGUGACUUUUUGUAACGACUUUGCUGCUAAAACGUUUCCUUCUGAGUGCUUGCUUUGUUGUGCAAACGUUUUUUGUUUGUUCUGUUUUGAGAAAUAGCUUAUGGAAAGAUUUCUCUCUCUCUCUCUCUCUCUCUCCCUCCCCUCCCUUUCUUUGUGUUUUUAUUUUGGGGGGGGUGUUUUGGACGUAUCUUUUUUAAAAGCGUAGAUGACCAAGAACCCAGAAAGGACGGAGGAAGUUUGGGAAAGGGUUAAGCUGGACAUGGUUACAGAGGGAUCGUUCUGAUUCCUUUUCAAAGUUACAAUGAUUCCAACUCUAAUGGGUAGAACUGCAGGCCACCAGCUUCACUGCACCUUCUCUUGAAUUCAAGCUCUGUUCUCUUUCUUGCCUCCCUUUGUAAACCCAACACACCUCCCUCCAGAACCCUGUGUUUUCCCCAGGAAAGGCACACUUCUUUGCACGCUUUGGAUGUUCUGCUCAUUUCAGCAGAGCUAAGAGAUCCACACUUAGAAGUGUCAUAGGACACCAAGAUCUCAUUUUCUUCAGUGAGAUGCAUGGAGGUGGGUCUGGAGCUGUCUGUCUUGCAAGAGAUUGAGAGGUCGGAUUCUUGCAACAAGUUACAGGUAGUCCCCGGGUUAAGAACGCUCGGUUUACCGAGGACCCAUAGUUAAGUACUGAGCCUAUUGUAGCAAAAUUUCAGUUAAAUACCCAAUGAUUUGAGUUAAAUACACAAUAGUUUGACUCAAUUACACAAUAUUACUUGUACGGUAUUAUACAAUAAUACUGUUCUGGCUUACACAUAAAUGUGACUUAAGGACAGCCCUUGGGAACGGAACUCGUUCUUAAACUGGAGACUACCUGUAUUUUGUUCUAGAUCUAGACAAAUGGUCCUGGAUCAAUCCUGCUCUCCUACAAGAUGUCUUUUUUCUGACAAAUACGUGGAUCUGUCUUGCUGCCGGUCAUUCUGUCUGCUAUUUGUUGCAAGCACAGUAGGUCCUUGGCCGGUAUCAGGAAGGUCAGCCACGGUGGUUUACAGCCCACCCCCCCAAAUCACUGGCACAGUAUGCAUGCACAUAUACAGAGCCACCAUGGGGGGGUGAAUGCAGAAAUGCAGAAUUUUAGUCAACAGCUUUAAGAACCUUUCUUCCUUCUCCCCUUUCUCACCACUCUGUUAUAUCUACCUGCAACUUUAACCCUUUGUGUCUGACCUCGUGGAUGAAAAAAAUAAGCUGCGCAGGUUUGGGAAAGAAAUGGCCAUGUUUCUGGGUGCUUGGUUAUCACUUAUUAUGCCAGGAAAACCAAAAAAAAAAAAAA